AUGACGAGGCCACAGAUGAUUCGAGCCGAUACCUUGGAUCUCCAAGACCACGAUACACCCUCUGCUAAAGAUCACUCUAAACAACCCGAACAUCCAGAGCCUCUUGGGAGCGGCCGGCCUGCUCCACAUCAAGAGCUUUCCAUCCGUCAUGCGGAUCAAGAUUCUAAGUCGGAAAUAAACGGUGGACCCGACAAGAACGUAUAUCGCGAGCCCGAUAACGACGAAGAUGAAGACGGAGAUUAUGAUCACGAAGACGGGGAUCUGGCAGACGGCGAAAGUGAUGAUCUGAUGGACGAUGAUUUGAUGGACAAAAUAUCCAGUUCGCCCAGUAUUGAUGAUGAGGAUAUUGAUUUCGAAUUCGUUUAUGCGCUUCACAACUUCGUCGCUACUGUCGAUGGGCAAGCAAAUGCUGCCAAGGGCGAUACCAUGGUUCUUCUUGAUGACAGCAACAGCUACUGGUGGCUGGUUCGCGUGGUGAAGGAUGGAAGCAUUGGAUACCUCCCCGCGGAGCACAUCGAAACGCCGACGGAAAGACUGGCCAGAUUGAAUAAACACAGAAAUGUGGAUCUUUCUGCGACCAUGCUGGGCGACAACAAUGAGAAGUCGAAGAAUCCUUUGAAGAAGGCAAUGCGCCGCCGGAACGCUAAGAACGUCAAUUUCGCACCUCCUACAUAUAUCGAAGCUUCGGAUGUUGAAUAUUCCAGCGAUGAAGACUCGGAAAAUGGCGACUUUUUCAACGACGAUGAGACUCUCGACGGAGAAGAGGAAGAUGCACAAGCCCAAACCGAAGAUAUUGUCGUCGAACCACUUCGCCCCAAGGGACAGAAGGACAAGACAGUCGAAUAUACCGAUGUUCACGGUUCGCAAGCGGAAUCACAGCGUUCAAGCUCUGACCGACGCCCAUCAAGUGAAGAAUUCUUUGAAUCGGAAGAACCCACCGUCAGUAGAUCCAGAAAUGGCACUGUACGAAACACCGACUCGUUCUUCAAGGAUGACACAGCCGAGCCCAAGAAGAUUUCUCUCACCCCCAACUUGUUGCGCGAUGAAUCUGGUGGCGGCGGUGGUAGUAGUGGCUUGGCCGAAUGGAAAGAGCCUCGUGGAAGUUUCGAGUCCAUUGAGAAGGGAUCCAGCCUACAGGACAAGCUCAAAGAGGACAAGAAGCGAAAGGAUAAGAAACCUGGAAUGCUCAGCGGCCUAUUCAAACGCAAGAAGAGCAAAGACGAAGUCGAGGAUGGAGAGAAGUCUCCGGAACCCAAGACCUCGAUGGAGUCGAUUUCAUCAAAGUCCUUGUCACCCGAACAACGACCCAUCAAACAUCAACCCCAAUCCCAGAAGGAUACGAACAAAAAGCUACAGAAGCAGCCUCCAGGGAUCAUGAAGGUGGAUACAGAGUUCGACCCUGCAAUAGUCGAAUACUCUAAGCACGAGCCCAAGCAGAGUGCUGACAAGACUAUCCGAAAGGUGACAUCGCAGGAAGAGGAAGCCUUCGAGGAGUGUGACAUUGUGUUGUCAUCUCCUGUCAGCCAAAGCAGUCUUUCCAGGGAUCCCUUUGCCACUCCUGCUGAAUCCAGGGACGCCCUGGCUUCGCCUGUUGAACGCACAUCUAGUGAAGCGCAAUGGAGAGCUCCCAGCGAAAUUGCUCGCGCCGCUGGAUCAAUCUCUGUUACGUCGCCGCCUCAGAAGUUUACGCCUAAGUUUGCACCCAGAGAUCAUGAGCCGGAGUCACCUGUCAACAUUUCUCCUGUGGAGGGAUAUAUCCCUGUUGGCGCCCCGGGCUUGACCCUCGACGCCUCACCGCAAGGAGUGCGUUCUCUCUCACCGCCAUCACCGCCGUCCUCUCCCGGAGCUGAUACCAACUACCACAAGGGUAACACCGCUACUCCUGCAUCCAUGGACACUCUUUCCGUGGACACACCUACCUGGAGCGACUCCAGUCUACGAUCAUACAUGGACGAAGAAAAUGACAUUCGCGACUUGUUCAUUAUUGUCCAUGACAAAUCAAAUGUUCCUCCUGCCGGACCCGACCACCCCAUUACUGGUCGUCUCUUCAAGGAGGAAAGUAAGCGACUCAAGGAAAUGAACAACCAGCUUGACGAGAUGCUUGUGAACUGGAUGUCACAACGCACGAAUAACUCUGCCUCAGCGCGAAGCAUGCAGAGUCCCAUCUAG